CAUCGAGAGCAGCAGCAAACGUUGCAGCUAGGGAACAGGCUGCAGCAGCAGCCAGGGCAGCAGCCAUGACUUCUUCAGCAUCAUCCUCCGCUGCAACUUCUGUUGCGUUCUCGUCUGGACCCCAGUUUGGAAUGCCAACAGGGUCCGCCUCCACUUCCAGUUCAUCCGGUUCUAGACAGUCUACAAGUCAAAUGGCGGGCUCGCAGUUCAGCCCGUUGACUCCUCGCGAAAGGGAGAUGAGGGAGCUCCAGCAGGUCGAAAGGAUCCGUGCGCAAUUAGAGAACGAACUGAAAGAAGCUACCGAUAGAGAAAAAGAGAUAAAGAAUAGAACAGCCAGGCUUGAAACGUUAGCGGCUGACAAGGCUGAGUUAGAGGGCAUGGACGACUUUGGAAUGAAUGAGCCCAUGAAAGUGUUGAGGAACAACAUGCUGUCACUGCAUGCGCACGUUGACAGCAGGUUGGACUUCAUGCAGAGCACUUUGGACCAGAUCCUGGACAUUUUGACAAGGCCAGGAUUUAGGCCACCAGCACAAUCGCCGCUGCCGUUAUCGGCGAUGUCAGGCCCCUUUCCAGUUCAAGCUGGUACACAGCCUAGUGUGGUAACUGUGGCGUCUUACCUCGAGGGUAAGRCAGCCAAAUGGUUAGAUGGUGUAGUUAUCAAGGCCGGGUACGGGCGACGCAUGGCGGACUGGGCCAAGUCUUUGACUCUAGACCAGUUCAUGGAAAUGGUAGAAGCUCGAUGGCAUAACCCACAGGAGGCACAAAAGGUCACUGAUACCAUAAACAAACUGGACCAACGAAAGUUCAAAUCGGUUAGAGAGCUUACGACUACCGUUGAGAGCCUGAUCCUCGUCCCAGGCAUUAACUACAGCGACCAGUUCCUAUUGACGACGUUUGUCAGAUGUCUCCCAGAGAACAUCAGGAACUUGCUGGCUAGUGAGGCACUCACCGAGUACCACUCAUUUGAGACAUUGUCUAGGAAAGCCUUAGACUUAGAAGCCACGCUAGGCAAUGCUCAACCCACCUCAGGGAAUGAUUCAAAGAAGAAGAAGAGUCCUCAGGAGUGGAAGAAGAAGGGGGCUAAGUUGAUGAUGGUGGAGUCUGAUGGGACUCAAACUGAGAUCGACGAGCUCACCGACCUGAUGGACUAUACAGAGUUUGACGACGAGGAGGUAGCUGAGGGUAGCACCCUCGCCGCGGUAGUUAAGACUAAGGCGGCAGGUCGGCAGGCCGAGGGAAGGGCCAGCCUAGGGGUCAAGGGAAGGCCGCCUCCAAUCAGACCAAACAGGCUGAGUGGGUAAAG